CGGUCCGGGGCCGCCCCCGCCCCGCCCCCGCCGGCCGCGGUGCCUGCGGCUCUGCCCGGCGACCCCCGCACCUCUGCGAACAUGGCGCUGCGAGCGGCGUGGAGGGCACGGGCCGCGGCCUGCAGCCUGCGCGCCGCCUGGGCCCCCGCCGUGCCCUGCCCGCCGCUGCCCUUGGGGCUGAGGGCGGGCGCCGCCCGGACGCUGCGCACCGGCCCCGCUCUGCUCUCGGUGCGUAAAUUCACAGACAAACAUGAAUGGAUAACAACAGAAAAUGGUAUUGGAACAGUGGGAAUCAGCAAUUUUGCACAGGAAGCUUUGGGAGAUGUUGUUUACUGUAGUCUGCCUGAAGUUGGGACAAAAUUGAACAAACAAGAUGAGUUUGGUGCUUUGGAAAGUGUAAAAGCUGCUAGUGAACUCUAUUCUCCUCUAUCAGGAGAAGUAACUGAAAUUAAUGAAGCUCUUGCAGAAAAUCCAGGACUUGUCAACAAAUCUUGUUAUGAAGACGGUUGGCUGAUCAAGAUGACGCUGAGUAACCCUUCAGAACUAGAUGAACUAAUGAGUGAAGAGGCAUAUGAGAAAUACAUAAAAUCUAUUGAGGAGUGAAAAUGGAACCCCUAAAUAAACUAGUAUGAAACAACUUAAUCUAGCAUAGUUGUCUUAAAUUAGUGGUGGAUAGAUUUAAAAUAGCAACUUUUAGCAAUAUCAAUGGAAAAAGAAACUUCUUACAACCAUGCUACUGGAAGAAAAUACCCCUUAACUUUUUAAUGAUUGCAGAUAAACACAAUAUGCAUGUUUUUUCACAAUACCUUAUGAUUUUUAGGCUAGGCUCCAGUUAUAAUAUUCCAAAUUUCUGAAAUUACCUGUGGUAAAAAGUAGUUAUAAAAAUCAUGUAAUUCAAGGAUAAUAUUGUUAUCUUAAGCCUUAUAUAAUAUUGUAACUUGCUUACAUCCCUCUCUGGAUUUGGGUCAAAAUACUUAAUGAUCUUUCCUUUGGGAAUAACUGGGAAUGGAGAAGAGUUUUGUUAGUUGUACAGUGUCAGAUGAAUAACAGUACUAUCUUAAUUUUGCCAUAUACUGUGUUUGCUGGUGCUAUUUUUAUACAGUGAAGCAACAGCCUUGCAGGAAAAUAAGAAACAGUUUAAUAAUAAAACAUUCAACUUCAUUAA